AUGGGGUUUUUAAAGCACGCAAAUCCAUAUUUGGCGAUGACAUUUGUGCAGGUUGGCUUUGCAGGUUCGGCUAUAAUUGCCAAGUCUGCUCUAAACCAAGGUAUGAGCCAUUACGCACUUUCUAUAUACAGAAAUCUCUUUGCGGCAGUUGCAUUUGCUCCUUUUGCCGUUGUGUUAGAGAGGAAAGUCAGGCCAAGGAUGACCUUUUCCGUUCUCUGGAAGAUAUUACUGCUGGGAUUAUUGGAGCCGGUCAUAGACCAGAACUUGUACUACGCAGCCAUGAAAUAUACAACAGCAACAUUUACCGCUGCUAUGACCAACAUGGUUCCUGCCCUAACGUUUUUGUUGGCGUGGAUUUUAAGGCUUGAACAGGUGAAUCUCAGAAGAAUCGACGGCCUGGUCAAAAUUGCAGGGACUGCUGUCACGGUCGGCGGCGCGAUGAUUAUGACCCUCGUUAAAGGACCCACCAUUGGUUUGCCGUGGACCAAAGCCGACACCGGUGUUCACUCUUCAACUGUAGCAAAUCCGCAGGAUCCCAUCAAAGGAGCUCUUAUGCUCGCUGCAGGUUGCUUCUGUUGGGCCAAUUUUUACAUCCUUCAGGCCAUCACAUUGAAGUCAUACCCAGCUGGACUCUCCCUCACGAGUAUGAUAUGCAUGGCAGGAGCACUUCAAGCCAUUGCCGUAACCUUAGUUGCGGAAAGGGGCAAUUCUAGUAUCUGGUCGAUACACUUUGACACCAUCCUUUUGUGUUACGUUUACUGCGGACUAAUCAGUUCCGGAGUUACUUAUUAUGUUACAGGAUUAAUACUGAGGGCAAAAGGGCCUGUUUUUGUCGCUGCCUUUAAUCCUCUAAGCAUGGUUAUAGUGGCUAUUAUGAGUAGCUUUAUCUUAGCUGAGCAGUUGAAUUUCGGAAGGGUUUUUGGAGCCGUCAUUAUCAUGCUUGGGCUGUACCUAGUGAUAUGGGGCAAGAGUAAGGACAAAUGUCUUUUAUCCAAAUCCAACAAUAUUGAUCAGAUAGCGCCAAUUGAUCAACAAUUACCUGACAAAAACCUGUCAACGAAAUCUUCAAUUGAUGAGAAAAGUGAAGCAAAUAUUGCUGGAGAUAAUGCUGCCUAA